CUGUUUGGACUUAGCCAUGACCUCGGCUAGAGCUUUAGGGAAAGCAAAUCCACUGUUCUUGACGCUCACAUCCUCUCCUUCUUCCUCGGCUUUUGUCUCUCAUCUCCAGGAAUGAUCUUUUCCUCCGUUUCCUUCCGCCUGGAAAUUUCUUCUAAUCUCGUUAGAGCAAAGUCUCGAGCUGCCUCCACUGCAAUCCUCUGUUCCUCACACACGGAAAUCCGCCAAGCAGCUAGUGAACGAAGUGCUUCCGCCGAGGUUGCUUCAAAUGCUUCUGUCUCCGUUGCUUCAAAUGCUUCUGUCUCUAUCCGGACAGCUCGGAGUCUGAGUUGCAACGUCCGAAGAGUCUGCCUCCUCAGCCGCAACAUCUGUUUCAUUUUUAGUCUAUCCCUCUGUUCUUCACCCUUCUCCAUCUCGAGCUGCUCCAACUGCUCACGAAUGUUAUCCGCACCACGAUUCAUUUCAUUGAUGAUUGAUCAUCUUCCUGGGCUUGAGUUCUUCUUCCUUUUUGGACCUGAUGUUCAUGAUUAUUCUCUCCAGCUCAGACUCAAUCUCCGAAACAACAAUUUCAGACACGGAAGCCCCAUUUUGAGCAAUUUCAAGCUCCAAUUUCAGCCUUUCGAGCUCGUCGAUGAGAGGUCUGGAGUUUAACCGUGACUCUGUGGUAUCAUCCUUGGCCCUCCUCAGCUCUUCCUUCGUUUGCAUUAACUCUUCUACCUUUGCCUGCAUUAUGUCCCUCUGACUUCCUUCCAAUUCUGUCGGUCUGUAAGAACCCCGUGUCUCUUCAUGAUUAUCAUAUGACUCCAUGACUGUACGGCCGGUGAAGGGUUCUUCCUCUUGGAAGAAGUUAUCUGAAGACCUCGCCGUCGCAGUCUGGUUUAUUGAUGUUGAUGAGGUUUCAUUUUAAUCACCACUGAACUUGUUUCGUCAGAAGUUCCAAUCAAUGGAUCAUAUAAAAACAGAGGAAGUUG